AUGACGACUUCCAGCACCACCUAUGUCUUAUACGACUAUGUCCCGAGUCUCGGAGGUGCAGUGACCUUUGCCAUUCUCUUCUCCGCAACUACUGCCGUCCACUUCAUCCAACGCAUCCGCACCCACGCCAAAUACUUCAACCCGUUCAUCGUCGGAGGGUUCUUCCAGAUCAUCGGCUAUGCAGCCCGCGCCGACGCCCAUUUUCACACCACUUCAACUACCCUCUAUGCCGUCCAAACCCUCCUCAUCCUGCUGGCACCCACCCUAUACGCCGCCUCCAUCUACAUGGUCCUCGGCCGAAUCAUCACCUUUCUCCACGCGCAGCAUCUCAGCGUCAUCCCAGUGCAAUGGAUGACCAAGAUCUUUGUCUCCGGCGAUAUUCUCUCUUUCCUGCUCCAAGGCGCCGGCGGCGGCAUCAUGUCCCACGGAUCCAGCAACAGUCUGAAAAUUGGCCAAUGGGUAAUCGUGAGCGGCCUCUGCGUGCAACUUCUCUUCUUCGGAGCAUUCCUCAUCGCCUCCCUCACAUUCCACGUCCGGAUCAAUCACUCUCCCACCGUGGAAUCGAAAAAGACCAUGCAUCGACACCAGAAACCCUGGCCGAGAGAUUGGAGGGGUCUACUGGGUGCAUGUUAUCUCGUCAGCGGGCUGAUCCUGGUGCGGUCCGUCUAUCGUCUGAUUGAGUUUGCGCAGGGGAAUAGUGGGUAUUUGAUUUCGCGUGAGGUGUUUUUGUUAUGA